AACCCCCUCCGCCCACUCCACGCUCUACCCAGUAUACGCAGAAAGAAUUCAAAUUUCAACCUUUUCCGACACUCCACGCUCUAGCCAGAAAGGCAAUAACCAAAGAUUUCCGCUCUUCCUUCUUGUUCUAACUCUGAACGAAUUCUUGCAGCAAGAAAGCUUUUAUUUUCGACUGAACCCAAAAAUCUUCCCCAUUUCUCAACCUCCCCAGAAAGCUUUGAUGGAGGAUAGCCGAUUGGACAAUCUGUACCAAGACCCAGAAACCCUAUUCCCAAUUUCGUCUGCUUCUAAGGUUUUUGAGUGGGAGAAUGAUGUCAAAUUGGACGAGGAACGUAAAGAUUCCGCCAUUGGGGGAGACUGGGAUGACUUGGUUGAUUCUAUGAUUUGUGACUCAAAUUCAAGACUAAUCCCAUCUGGGUUUGCUAGAUCGAAUUGCACAGAUGAAAUUGUGAUGUUUGUAAAUGCUGGAGAUGAAGCUUCAAUUGAAGCAGAUUCCACUAUCAAAGUUCUGGGUGAUACUAAUUUCGAAGGAGGAAAUGUCUUAAGAACAAAUGAGCUUAUAAAUGAGGCUGGUGAUUACCCCUUCAUCUAUCAGUCUGCAAGAUUGGGCAACUUUUGUUAUCGGUUCAACAAUCUUCCUUCCGGAGUCUAUCUUGUUGACCUUCAUUUUGCAGAGAUUAUAAAUACAAAUGGGCCUAAAGGAAUGAGAGUGUUUAAUGUAUUCAUGCAGGAAGAGAAGGUCUUAACAGAAUUUGAUAUCUUUGCUAUUGUUGGAGCCAAUAAGCCAUUACAAUUAGUUGAAUCAAGGGUUUCAGUGAAGGAGGAUGGAAUACUCGUAAUAAGAUUUGAAGGGAUUAUAGGAAGCCCAGUUGUAAGUGGAAUUUGCAUAAGGAAAGCACGAAAGUUGUCAGUUCCUUGCAGAUCACAAGAGUAUCUUAAAUGCAACAAUUGUGCAGCUGAGAUAGAAGUUUCAUCAGAUCAGAAGAAACUCAUGCGGACCAAAGCUACAGAUAAAUAUGAAAAGAAGAUACAAGAACUCAUUACUGAGUGCCAGCGCAAGACAAAUGAAUGUCAUGAGGCUUGGAUGUCAUUGACUACGGCAAAUGAACAACUGGAGAAGAUCAGAAUGGAACUUGACAAUAAGACCUUCCAGACACGAUCUUUAGAUCAAACAGUGGGGAAACAAUCUGAAAAUCUGAGGAAUCUUACCAGCAUAUAUGAACGUGAUAAAAAAUACUGGGCGGCAGCAGUCAAGAAUUUACAACAAGAAAUUAAGAUCAUGAAAGAAGAGCAUUGUCAGCUUUCCCGUGAGGCACAUGAAUGUGCUGAUUCUAUACCUCAGUUGAAUAACAUGGUCACAGGAGUUAAGGCACUGGUUGCACAAUGUGAAGAUCUCAAGGCAAAGUACAGUCAAGAGCAAGCAAAGAGAAAGGAACUAUAUAACCAAAUUCAGGAGGCUAAAGGAAAUAUCAGGGUUUUUUGCCGGUGCCGCCCAUUAAGUAAGGAGGAGACAUCAGCUGGAUAUACAACAGUUGUUGACUUUGAAGCUGCAAAGGAUGGAGAGCUUGCGAUUCUAACAGGUGGCUCCACCAGAAAGACUUUUAAAUUUGACAGGGUUUACACACCAAAAGAUAACCAAGUUGAUGUAUUUGCUGAUGCCUCGCCACUGGUGGUCUCAGUGCUAGAUGGGUACAAUGUUUGUAUAUUUGCAUAUGGUCAAACUGGAACAGGAAAGACGUUUACAAUGGAGGGCACUGAGCAAAACAGGGGGGUCAAUUAUAGAACACUUGGGCAAUUAUUUGAAACUGCCAAGGAGAGGAGUGAAACUUUCGCAUAUAGUUUAUCUGUUAGCGUGCUUGAAGUCUACAAUGAGCAAAUCAGGGACUUGUUGGCUACAUCUCCAACAUCAAAGAAGUUGGAGAUAAAACAAUCUUCUGAAGGGUCCCAUCAUGUUCCAGGCAUUGUAGAAGCUAAAGUUGAUAACUUGAAGGAAGUCUGGAAUGUACUUCAGGCUGGAAGCAAUGCUCGAUCUGUUGGAUCCAAUAAUGUCAAUGAACACAGCAGCCGAUCUCAUUGUAUGCUGUGUGUGAUGGUAAAAGCAAAGAACUUGAUGAAUGGUGAAUGCACCAAGAGCAAGCUUUGGCUCGUGGAUCUGGCGGGCAGCGAGAGGCUGGCAAAAACUGAAGUGCAAGGGGAACGGCUCAAGGAAGCUCAAAAUAUUAACAGAUCCCUUUCUGCAAUUGGAGAUGUUAUAUAUGCUUUAGCAACUAAAAGCAGUCAUAUUCCAUACAGGAACUCUAAGUUGACACAUCUACUUCAAGAUUCUUUAGGGGGUGACUCCAAAACUUUGAUGUUUGUGCAAAUUAGCCCCUCAGAGCAGGACUUGAGUGAGACUCUGAGUUCAUUAAAUUUUGCAACUAGAGUUCGAGGGAUUGAGUUGGGCCCUGCAAAGAAGCAAAUCGAUACAAGUGAGCUUCAGAGGAUGAAACUGAUGCUUGAUAAAGCAAGGCAGGAAUCUAAAGCUAAAGAUGAAUCAUUAAGGAAGAUAGAAGAGAACUUACAGAACAUGGAGAACAAGGCAAGGAGCAAAGACCAUAUUUACAAAGUCCAGCAAGAGAAGAUCAAGGAACUUGAAGGCCAACUUGAACUGAAGUCUAACUUGAACAGCCAGUCAGAAAAGCAAGUCUUACAACUUUCAGAUAAAUUGAAGGGACGGGAAGAGAUUUGCAAUGCUCUACAACAAAAGGUCAAGGAACUAGAGAACAAGCUUAGAGAGCGACAGCAGUCUGAUUCUGCAGCUUUUCAACAGAAGCAGGUUAAGGAACUUGAGAACAAGCUGAAAGAGCAAGUGCAAGAGUCUGAGUUUCAUUCCCUCACACUUCAAAAUAAGGUUAAGGAGCUAGAGAGAAAAUUAAUGGAGCAGGAACAAAGCUCAGAGACCUUGUUACUUCAGCAAAAGAUUAAAGAGCUAGAAGAAAAGCUGAGAGAACAAGAAAAGCAAUUACAGUGGAUGCAAAAUCAAGAUAUUUCUGGCAUGAUAAGGGCCACACCUAGUGCAGGAAAAAUCAGGACAAGAGAUGAUGAAGUCAUGAGUGAAAUUGAGUGUCAUGUCCUGAGGAGUUCAAACUCAAUUAACCAUCCAUUAAGUCAUGGCUCUGCACAGUCAAAAGGAAAUGAUAGUCUCCUUCAUGAGACAAGGAAGAACAGACAAUAUAGAAGUGGAGAAAUAGAAAAUAUCAUUCAUAGGAAAUCUGACCCUCCUAGAAUCGCAAGGGUUAUGAGAACAGCAAAGCCAGUGACAGCUGCUGUUGCUGCUCCAGGGCCAUUGACUCACAAGAGAAUUAGCAGAGAUCAGGGACCAGGAAUCAAGGAGAGGGAUGCUAAGAAAAAGAUUUGGUCUAGAUAGUGAAAUUCAAACAAAACUAGCUUUUUUUUUCUUCUUUUCUUUUUCUCUUCUUUUAUUCUAUUUCUACAUGUGUAUUCGUAUUUUAUCCUCAAAAAUAUAGUUCUCUGUGUGCUUACUGGUGAA